AUGGCGAUAUCAUACCGAUGCGAAUACAAUGUUAGCGAGCCAACGUCAACAACAGCAACGAAAGCCUCGGGAGUUUCGAAUGAUGCUGCCUCACAAAUAGUCAUUGGAACCCUGGCUGGAGUUGCGGCCCUGUUGGCUAUGGCAGGGCUUUUGGGAUACUACUUUAUGAGACGAAGUCGGGCGCGUCAUGUCCAGCAGACGCGUGACAGCCUACAACGUCGCAAGGGGGCGGCAUUUACAGGCUUCAUGAAAUUUUAUCUCCUACAGGGUGCUCAUGUAGGCUGGGGUCAAAUUCGGAAAGAUUUCGAAGAAAUGCAAAGCUGCUUCCAUGAGGUUGUCCGUGCCGGGUUCGAUCACCAGAAAGUCAUUCCGAAUUCUAUUUCCCUAAAUAAGUCACUUGAGCCUCUUGGUCUAAGCGAGGAUAGUCGCAACUUGAUCUGUGAGCUGGUUACUGAGCCUCGUACCCGCCACAUUGCGAUACGCCAUUUGCUUGCGUGGGCGAUAUUCUCUAAUCUGGAUAUCCGUUCAGUCGGGCCGCUCUCUCUCCUACACCCUGCGAUUAAAAAUUUCAUGCUGUAUGUUCCCAAAAACAAAAGGGAGCCGAAGGAGUAUUCGGACCCAAUGGACCAUGAAGACGUCAUUCAAAAUGCUUGGAGACAACUUUCCGCCGUGUUGUUGCAGGAAAGACCAUUCGUCUCGAUGAACCAUCACUUCUAUGACGAAUUCAAUCCUCAUCUUGACUCCCAGGUCGAAACUCUUGUGAAUGCGCUUUCCGGCUUCUUCGACCAUUUACCCAGGUUAGAUGGGGUCUUUGUGUAUGGAUGGACGCCUGCUCUACGUUCUAUGAUUUCGAGAAGCGCACACCUGUGCUACAUAAUCGCCUCUGAUCCGGGUAACUGGGAGAUAACGAUUCCGCCGCCAUCGCCAAACUAUGGAAUUUGUGUCUUCCCGGGUCUAACUUUACUGAGCGACAAUGAUCGGGAUCCCUUGGACCGGCCUCAAGUUUUCAUAAUGCCCGAGGUGGAAAAAGUCGACCUUGUUGGAAAAGCUGACAGAGGUAAUAACGCCGAGGUACAUACCGAUACGAGCACACUAGGCAGAGACGAAUGA